GAUUGUCCAAGGCGAAAGGCGUUUUGCUUUAUUAGGCUGCACGUUGUUUUAUACGGGCUGGAUCUACGGGUCAGGUGGUGAUUGACUAUCUGAGUCUUCGUCCCUCGUGUGGCUGCUAUCGGUCUUGAUUGAGUAUUUGUUUCUGAGAAUAAUAAAGCCAAUUUUGGGGCCCGCUGUGACUUGAAUUCAUCAUGUUCCAUUCGUCGAAGCCUUAUUCGGCCGUAUCGGUGCAGAUUGAGGUCUUAACUAGUGAACAAUAUGAUGUUGAAGACUCCAGUGGCAUCGUUGAUCUAAUUGAAGCUGUAAUGAUUCAGGGCAGUGGCCCGACCGAAGCAAGUCGCGCCCUGCGUAAGAAGCUUAAAUAUGGAAACUUGCACCGCCAACUAAGAGCUCUCACUAUACUCGAUUUCCUGAUCCAAAAUGCCGGAGAUCGCUUUUUACGGGAAUUUGCAGACGAGCCUCUACUGGAACGUUUGCGGAUCGCUGCUACGGACCCCAUUUCUGAUCCUUUAGUCAAAGAAAAAUGCAAGCAGCUCUUUGGACAAUGGGCAGUAUCCUACAAAAACACUCCCGGCAUGGAGCGGGUGACAGGCCUCUACAGGCAAUUACCGAAACGCAAACAGCCGGCCAAUCAGGCCAAAGCGAAGGUUCUCCGCGAGUCUGGCACUUCUGACGAACCUCAAAUGGGUCACACCGUAUCUAUCUCUGCGGGCAAUGGCCCGGCUACAGUCCUAAGUGGCCCUAAACACAAGCAUACUUCCAGCAAGUCACUCAAGAAGGAAAAGAAAGAGAAGAAAGUUCGAGACAAGAGCUUUAAUCUUGAAAAGGAGAAGCCAGAGAUCUUACAGACACUCGCCUCUGCAUCCGUCGCUAGCACGAAUCUCCUAAACGCACUAAAAUUGGUCAACCGAGAAACACAACGGGUGAGCGAAGAUGCAGAGGUCCUCAACCGGUUUGAAACGUGCAAGCAGCUCAGGCGUCAGGUUCUUCGUUACAUCCAACACGUAGAGAGUGAGGAAUUCCUGGGCAGUCUCAUACAUGCCAAUGAGGAACUCGUUACCGCCCUUAUGGCAUUUGAAGUCUUAGACAAAAGCGUGGAUUACGAUAGCGAUAGUGAUCAGGAUGUCCUAGAGUCUGGCUGGAGUCCUGACCGCGACGACCGUGAUCUUCAAGAGUCAUUCGCGGGGCUUGUUGUUAACCCCCCAAGGCCACCACGGCCUCCUCGACCGAUGAGCAUAUCAAUCCCCUCGUCGUCCAAGCAGCGCGUGUAUAACAGUGAUAGCGAGUCCGAAACCGAAGAAGACGAUGAUGAGGACAAUCCAUUCGGUGAUCGCAACGCCAUUCGUACCCCAAACAAGGAGAUAUCCCAACCUACCUGGAAAGAGGUUUAGAACCGACACUGCAUGACUAAAUAUCUUUCGUCUUCUUCAUCCUUUCUCUUUUUCCUUUUUUUUUCCCUUCCAAAUUCUGAUUGCAGACC